UGCUGUCCGCUACUGAUUGGCCAGUGCAGUUAUUUAAAUCCUCAAGGUUGGUUACAAUAACUGAUGUUGAUUCAUCGACAAGAACUCCAUAUCAUGAACAUUGUACAGCCUUAUGGAUUCCAGCCUCAGUUUCAAUUUGUGAAACUUCUUUAUGCCAAUUAAGAACUCAUAGACCAGUCGCAACGAUUCAACCAUCGCGGUUAAAGAAGUUUGGCCAAUUUGCGAAAUCUUGGUUGAAAGCCAAACCAUUUUGG